CCCUCACAUCAGUUCUUAGCACCUCAACCUCAAGCCGGCCACCAGCAUCUUCAGCAAGGGCCUGCCACUAAUUAAUCCUUCAAUUCUCUCUCAGCUAGCUCAGGCGAAAAUGGUGACCGUGGAAGACAUCCGCAAGGCACAGAGGGCUGAAGGCCCGGCCACGGUGAUGGCCAUUGGAACAGCCACUCCGCCCAACUGUGUCGACCAGAGCACAUACCCUGACUACUACUUCCGGAUCACCAACAGCGAGCACAAGACAGAGCUUAAAGAGAAAUUCAAGCGCAUGUGCGAGAAAUCGAUGAUCAAGAAGCGCUACAUGCACUUGACGGAGGAAAUCUUGAAGGAGAACCCGAACGUCUGUGCGUACAUGGCGCCCUCGCUGGAUGCUAGACAGGACAUGGUGGUGGUUGAGGUGCCAAAACUGGGCAAGGAGGCUGCGACGAAGGCCAUUAAGGAAUGGGGACAGCCCAAGUCCAAGAUCACCCACCUUGUCUUCUGCACCACCAGUGGCGUCGACAUGCCCGGGGCUGACUACCAGCUCACCAAGCUCCUCGGCCUUCGCCCCUCCGUCAAGAGACUCAUGAUGUACCAACAAGGAUGCUUCGCCGGAGGCACGGUCCUUCGCCUGCUGCGCGCCACACGACACAUCCUGAGUGAGUAUGGAAACAUGUCAAGUGCUUGUGUUCUGUUCAUAUUGGAUGAGAUGCGGAAGAAGUCGAUUGAGGACGGGCUCAAGACCACUGGAGAAGGGCUCGAAUGGGGUGUGCUGUUUGGGUUCGGACCAGGGCUAACAGUUGAGACUGUGGUGCUUCACAGUAUCGCUGCCUAGAGAGAGAGAUGGAGGCUCCAAAAUCUCUCUCUCUAGGUCAAAUGAGAGAGACCGUGGUGCUUCACAGCAUUUUGUACUUCUUUUCUUUCCCCUCUCAGGUCAAAUGAGAUGUGGGUCGUUUGUGUUUGAUUUGGUUUUAUAAUUGUAGUAUGCAAAUUUCCUUCUACCUAAAGAUAUAAGAGGAUGUGUUAAUUUAUAUUUAAUAAWAUAUUGUUAUCACUACGUUCUUGGGUUAUAUACAAGUGAUUCAGUGGAUUAA